GCCUCGGUCCCCUUCUCCUGCUGGCUGUCGCUGACUCAGUGGCGGCUCCUCCGUCCCCUUUGGGCCUCCUCGUCUCCCGCCCGACGGGCCGGCGGCGGCAGCCGGGAAAUGGUCCGGGCCUAGCGGAGCAGCGAACGGAGGGAACCUAGAAACAAGAGCAAAGCUGAGGUCUAACUACGAUAGAGGAUGGACACCAAAGAAGCUGUGUUGGGGACAAAAACAAAGCAAAAUAAGCAACAUGAACCGUGAAGACCGGAAUGUGCUGCGUAUGAAAGAAAGGGAAAGGCGAAAUCAAGAAAUUCAACAGGGCGAAGAAGUCUUUCCACCUAACUCUCCUCUCUUUGCUGAACCAUAUAAAGUUACCAGCAAAGAAGAUCAAUUGUCUAACCGUAUUCAGAGCAUGCUUGGAAAUUAUGAUGAAAUGAAGGAUCUUAUAGGAGACAGAUCUCUACAAAAGCUUGUUGGUAUUCCCAAACCAACAGUACCAUCAACGCCAGAUGAAAAAUCAAACCAAAGUUUCUUUGGUGAACAGAGACACAGUACCAGCUCUCAUCAGAGCAGCAAAUGGACUCCUGUAGGACCAGCACCUAGCACUUCCUCCCAAUCGCAGAAACGGUCCUCAGGUUUACAAACUGGACACAGUAGUCAGCGGAGCAGUGGCAAUAACACUAGCAGCAGUGGCCAGAGGCAUGACCGUGACUCAUAUGGUGGUAGUAGCAGCAGCCGCAAAAAAAGCCAGCACGGAUCAGAACACUCCAAAUCCCGUUCUUCCAGCCCUGGAAAACCACCUGCUGUUUCUUCAUUGAGCUCCAGCCAUUCCAGGUCUCAUGGAAGUGAUCAUCAUAGCAAGGAACAUCAGCGCUCAAAAUCUCCACGGGAUCCUGAUGCCAACUGGGACUCACCUUCCCGUGUACCUUCAUUUUCAAGUGGACAGCACUCUAACCAGUCUUUUCCUCCUUCACUAAUGUCCAAGUCCAGUUCAAUGUUGCAGAAGCCCACUGCCUAUGUAAGGCCCAUGGAUGGACAGGAGUCUAUGGAACCAAAGUUGUCCUCUGAACACUACAGUAGUCAAACUCAUAGCAACAGCAUGAGUGAGCUGAAGCCUAGCAGCAAAGCACAUCUAACCAAGCUUAAAAUACCUUCUCAACCACUAGAUGCAUCAGCAUCUGGUGACGUGACCUGUGUGGAUGAAAUUCUAAAAGAGAUGACCCACUCUUGGCCUCCCCCUCUGACUGCUAUUCAUACACCAUGCAAAACAGAGCCAUCAAAAUUUCCUUUUCCAACUAAGGAGUCUCAACAGUCCACUUUUGGCACUGGAGAGCAGAAAAGAUAUAAUCCCUCAUCAAAAACAUCCAAUGGCCAUCAAUCGAAAUCAUGUGAAUCAAACCAAACAGAUAUGUUGAAAGAUGACUUAAAACUCAGCAGCAGUGAAGACAGUGAUGGUGAACAGGAUUCUGAUAAGAUAGUGCCAAGGAGUACACCUGGAAGUAAUUCUGAACCUUCACAGCAUAAUAGUGAAGGAGCAGAUAAUUCCAGGGAUGACUCAAGCAGCCAUAGUGGAUCUGAAAGCAGUUCUGGAUCUGACUCUGAAAGUGAAAGUAGUUCCAGUGACAGUGAGGCUAAUGAGCCAUCCCAGAGUGCAUCUCCAGAGCCUGAGCCACCACCAACAAACAAAUGGCAACUUGACAACUGGUUGAACAAAGUGAAUCCGCAUAAAGUGUCACCAGCUUCUUCUGUGGACAGUAAUAUCCCAUCUUCACAAGGCUACAAAAAAGAUGGCCGAGAUCAGAGUUCCGGGAAUGGGUAUACGGAUCAAAGUGGGUCUAAAGAAUCCAUUUCCUCCACUCCUGGGCGAGAUUCCAAAACCACCCAAAAAGGAUCGGAAAGCAGUCGUGGCAGGCAGAAGUCACCUGCACAGAGUGAUAGCACAAUACAGAGGAGGACUGUUGGUAAAAAGCAGCCCAAGAAGGCAGACAAGACAGCUAUUGAAGAGCCCAGAGGAGGGCUUAAAAUAGAAAGCGAAACCCCAGUAGACAUUGCAACAAAUAUGCCCUCAAACAGGCAUAAGGCAGCCACAAAGGGCUCUAGAAAACCCAACAUAAAGAAGGAGCCCAAAUCUUCCCCUCGGCCUACAGCAGAGAAAAAGAAAUAUAAGGCUUCAAGCAAACCUUCCCAGAAAUCCAGGGAAUUCAUAGAAACAGAUACCUCAUCAUCUGAUUCUGAUGAAAACGAGAGCCUGCCUCCUUCAUCACAAACCCCCAAAUACUCUGAGAGCAAUAGGACUCCUGUUAAGUCUUCCAUGGAGGAGGAUGACAGCUUUUUUCGGCAAAGAAUGUUCUCUCCUAUGGAAGAGAAGGAACUUCUUUCACCACUCAGUGAUCCAGAUGAACGGUAUCCACUUAUUGUGAAGAUCGAUCUGAGCCUCUUAUCAAGAAUACCAGGGAAGCCUUACAAGGACACAGACCCACCCAAAGUGGAGAAGAAAAAUGUGCCAGAGAAGCAUACAAGAGAGUCCCAAAAAACAGCCUCAGACAAAAAUUCCACCAAGGGCAAAAGGAAACAUAAGAAUGAUGAUGAAAACAGAGCCAGCGAAGGCAAGAAAACUAAACUGGAAGAAAAGUCUUCAUCAGGCCACAAGGCCUCCAGCAAUAGAGAGUCUUCAAAGCAAAGUGCAGGUAAAGAGAAGGAUCUGCUCCCUUCUCCUGUGGCCCCUGUCCUUCAGAAAGAUCCCAAACAAGAUCAUGGGUCCCGGAAGAGAACAGUCAGUCAAUCUUCUUCCUUAAAAUCAAGCAGCAACAGUAAUAAGGAGAGUAGCAGCAGCAAAAGUAACUCAUCUUCCAAACAAAAAAAGACAGAAGGGAAGGCUUCUAGCAAUGCCAGGGAAGUCAAGGAAAAGGUUCUAAACAGUUCAUCGAACUGCCCUUCUGCAUCUACCCCAGCUACAGACAGCUCAAAGUCCCGAAGAGCAAAGCUUGUUUUUGAUGACAGGAUGUACUCGGCCGAUCAUUAUUUACAAGAAGCAAAGAAGUUAAAGCACAAUGCAGAUGCAUUGUCUGACAGGUUUGAGAAAGCUGUUUUCUAUCUUGAUGCUGUAGUGUCUUUCAUCGAAUGUGGGAAUGCAUUGGAGAAAAAUGCUCAGGAAUCCAAGUCCCCGUUCCCUAUGUAUUCAGAAACUGUGGAAUUAAUCAAAUACACUAUGAAACUGAAAAAUUAUUUGGCACCAGAUGCUACGGCUGCAGAUAAAAGGCUAGCAGUGCUUUGUCUUCGAUGCCAGUCCCUGUUAUAUCUAAGGCUUUUCAAACUGAAGAAGGAGAGUGCAUUGAAAUACUCUAAAACACUGACAGAACAUCUAAAGAAUUCCUAUAAUAACUCUCAAGCACCGUCACCUGGCAUGGGAAGCAAACCUGUUGGUAUGCCAUCUCCGGUCUCUCCGAAGCUGUCUCCAGGAAAUUCAGGAAAUUACUCUUCGGGGGCAACCAACCCUUCAGGGAGCAGUUCUUCUGUGACUAUUCCACAGAGAAUCCACCAGAUGGCAGCCAGCUAUGUCCAGGUUACAUCCAACUUUCUCUAUGCCACUGAAAUUUGGGACCAAGCUGAACAGCUUUCUAAAGAGCAAAGAGAGUUCUUUGCUGAACUGGAUAAAGUUAUGGGCCCUCUGAUCUUUAAUUCGAGCAUCAUGACAGACCUAGUGCGUUACACCCGACAGGGAUUACAUUGGUUGCGUCUGGAUGCUAAGUGAUAUCUUGAACUGAAGGAAUCAAAAGUAGAACACACUUUUCUUGCUGCCUCUGAUUUUCUCCACAACACUGUGUCAUGUCAAUAAGGAAGACUGCCAUAACACAUUGCUUAGUUGACACUAAAAGCAAGGAAUGCUUUCACGUCUCCCAUCCUCUUCUGUGUGUUUAACCCCAAACCACAUCAUGUUAAUGGACUUCUUCAGUAUUCUCAUUUUUAAGUUAUUUAAAUAUUUUAAAAUCGGCUACAUAUUAAGAUAUGGCUUCACUGCUCUGUAGUGGGAUUGGAAUUCCAGUCAAUAAUACAUAACUAAUCAGUUUUAAAUCCUAUUUAUUUUCAUUUGUUUUUAAAAAUUUUUACAAAGCCCAGUUAUGGGCUCUUUUAAGACUUAGCUAUUUCUUCCUAUAAACUUACCCUAUCAAGUACUUAGCAGAGAUUAAAUGUAGACACUUUAUUUAAGUACUGCGUGAGCUUGUUACUCUGUAAUGUCUUGUGGUGGUAGAGCUUGUAAAACAAAAUAAGGGUUGAUAGGUUCUAAAGUGUAGGGACACAAGUUUUUCAUGCCUAAUGCCUAUGACUCAAAUCUUAAAUAAGUACAGUUUUAUUACAGAAUUUGUACUAAAUUUUAAGAAGUUCCAGAGAUAUUCUUCUACACAUUAAGAUAUUUCAUUUAAAUGAAAAUAUAAGAGAUGUAUAUGGAAAGAUAUUUAGUUAUGUCUAACUUGGGUUGUUUUUUCAAGACCAUUUCAGAACACUUGGUUAACACUAUAGCAAUCACAAAACAUUACAGUAAACUUGCAUUUAAUGCAAUAUGGAAGUGGUGUGAGAAUGAGCUUCAGUCUCUGAUAGGUGCAUACUGGAAACGUUUCAUAAAUGGACAAUCUUGUGCUUUUUUUAUAUCUCUUCGUUUAAAAUAGGUUUUGUCUCCUUGUUUGUCAUUAUUUGACGCUUACUGAAGCAGCCAACUUAACAGUUGA